GGAAGGGGCGGUGGCGCAGGGUCCUCGCGCGUCCCACGUGGGGUCCCGGGCCCAGCAGUGUGAGCACCCGGCUCGCUGCUGCACCACGCGUCACCCACGCAGGCCAUGGCAGCCGCCGACGGUUCGCUCUUGGACAACCCCAGGACGUUCUCCAGACGUCCCCCAGCCCAGGCGAGUCAGCAAGCAAAGGCUACGAAAAGAAAAUACCAAGCGUCCAGUGAGGCUCCCCCAGCGAAAUGGAGGAACGAAACUUCAUUUCUCCCAGCCAAGAAAACUAGUGUUAAAGAAACUCAAAGGACUUUUAAGGGGAACACACAAAAAAUGUUUUCUCCAAAGAAGCAUUCGGUUAGCACAAGUGAUAGAAACCAGGAGGAGAGACAAUGCAUUAAGACUUCAUCACUGUUUAAAAACAACCCUGACGUUCCAGAACUCCACAGACCUAUGGUAAAGCAGGUGCAAGAAAAAGUGUUUACUUCAGCUGUUUUUCAUGAGCUGGGCCUCCACCCACAUUUAAUUUCCACAAUAAAUACGGUCUUAAAAAUGUCUAGUAUGACCAGUGUUCAGAAGCAAAGUAUUCCUGUGUUGCUGGAAGGCAGAGAUGCUCUUGUGAGAUCCCAGACGGGCUCAGGUAAAACUCUUGCCUAUUGCAUCCCUGUGGUCCAGUCCCUUCAAGCAAUGGAGUCAAAAAUACAGCGCAGUGAUGGCCCCUAUGCCCUGGUGCUCGUGCCAACGAGAGAGCUGGCUCUACAAAGCUUUGACACUGUCCAGAAACUGCUUAAGCCUUUCACCUGGAUUGUGCCUGGAGUGUUAAUGGGAGGAGAGAAGAGAAAAUCAGAAAAGGCCAGACUUCGCAAAGGAAUAAAUAUCCUUAUCUCAACUCCUGGACGCCUGGUGGAUCAUAUAAAAUCCACAAAGAACAUUCAUUUUAGUCGCCUGCGGUGGUUGGUGUUUGAUGAAGCAGACAGAAUCUUGGAUUUGGGUUUUGAAAAGGACAUCACAGUGAUACUUAAUGCUGUAAAUGCUGAAUGCCAAAAACGACAGAAUGUCUUGCUAUCAGCGACACUCACAGAAGGUGUAACGCGGCUAGCUGAUAUCAGUUUGCAUGAUCCAGUCAGUAUUUCUGUCCUGGACAAGAGCCAUGACCAGUUGAGCCCAAAGGACAAAGCGGUCCAGGAGGUGUGUACUCCACCAGCUGGCGACGAGCUGGACAGCUUUGCAAUACCGGAGAGUCUCGAGCAGCACGUGACUGUGGUUCCCAGCAAACUGAGGCUUGUCUGCCUAGCAGCCUUCAUCCUUCAGAAAUGCAAGUUUGAGAAAGACCAGAAGAUGGUUGUCUUUUUCUCAAGUUGCGAGCUGGUGGAGUUCCACUACAGCCUCUUCCUACAGACCCUGCUGAGCAGCUCAGGGGCGCCGGCAUCAGGGCAGUUGCCAUCUGCCUCCACACAAUUAAAAUUCCUACGGCUGCAUGGCGGCAUGGAACAGGAGGAAAGAACAGCAGUGUUUCAGGAAUUUUCACAUUCCAGAAGAGGCGUCCUUCUUUGCACGGAUGUUGCAGCUCGGGGCUUAGAUCUCCCUCAAGUCACGUGGAUUGUUCAGUACAACGCUCCAUCUUCACCUGCAGAAUACAUCCACCGGAUUGGAAGAACCGCCCGGAUUGGCUGCCAUGGGAGCAGCCUGCUCAUUUUGGCUCCUUCGGAGGCAGAAUAUGUCAACUCGUUGGCUUCUCACAAAAUCAACGUUUCUGAGAUUAAGAUGGAAGAUAUUUUGUGUGUUCUGACAAGAGAUGAUUGUUUUAAAGGGAAACGAUUGGGAGCCCAGAAAUCCCAUGCUGUUGGCCCCCAGGAAAUCCGAGAGCGAGCCACAGUCUUGCAGAUGGUAUUUGAAGAUUACGUGCACUCCAGUGAGAGGAGGGUCUCCUGGGCAAAGAAAGCUCUGCAGUCUUUCAUCCGAGCCUACGCCACCUACCCCAGGGAGCUGAAGCACAUCUUCCACGUCCGAUCCCUCCACCUUGGGCAUGUGGCGAAGAGCUUCGGACUAAGAGAUGCCCCCAGGAAUCUUAGUGCCUUGACUAGAAAGAAGAGGAAAGCACACGUGAAAAGGCCUGACCUUCAUAAGAAGACCCAGAGUAAACACAGCCUCGCUGAAAUCCUACGUUCGGAAUACUCAAGUGGCAUGGAGGCCGACGUCGCCCAGGUCAAAAAGCAAAACGCACCUGGAGAGCCUGGUGGCCGGCCCCUGCGGCACAGUCUGCAGCCGACACCCUGCUUUGGCCGUGGGAAAACAUUAAAAUGGAGAAAAACCCAAAAAGGUUUACAGCGGGACAGCAAGACUUCCCAGAAAGUUUAAAAUCUCUCUGGGUCUUCGAGUGGAUCCUGGAAGCCCUGGGUGGCAGUGGAUUGAUGUCCCUUUUCUUGUCAGAGGAGACUUGUGAAAAAUAACUGCUGCCUUUGCCUGAAUACCACGUCCCCAAGAAUCAGAGGGGCCACAGCCCUUCUCCUCCGUGGGAGGCCCUGGAGCCUGAUAGAAAUCAGCGGUGUGGGGCACUGCAGAGACUAGCCAGCUCCCGACGGAAGGGGUCUGUGUCAUGUAUUGAUCCCAUCAGUGCCCAGCACUCCCUUCACCCAGGUGCUGACGUGCCGGGGUUGAGUUGGCACUCCGGGACGUGAUGUAAGAAUGCCCUGCAUGUCAGCCUGGAACAGGGUUGAUUGCUGCCCUUAACUGUGUUCUGAAGUUUCACAGCUUGACUUCAGCCUACCUAUCAGUUCAUACAUUGGCAUGAAUUUUGUGAAUUGGGGUGUUAAAAACUGGAAUUGAAUUUGUACAAAAAGAGAAGAAAAUAUUUAUCACUAAUUUUCUUAAUGUAGAAUGUACUGUUAAAAAGGAUCAGAAGUUUUUGGUCUGGGUCAAAAAAUACAAAUGUGUUUUCAG